UUUCAGACUGGGAGCCGCGUCUCUGCCGCCGCACGCCGCUCCCGCGCUGCUUUCCGCGGUCCAGAACGGGAAGUUGCCGGUUGUCUCGAGCCGGGUGGGCUGGACGCGGCGGUAGACAGAGUGGGCCUUGCGCGGGGAGCCCGGACACCCGCAGAGCCAAGGCUGGGUCGUCGGAGAGGCUGAGCGUACUCUUGAGCAUCCGCGCUCUGGGACUUGCCCUGUUCCCCUAGGCAGCCCGAGUCCUCGUCCUGCGUCCGCGCCCUGCGUCCCUCCCCGAGGCACGCAGGUGUCGCCCGCCGUCUGUCCUCUGGGAGCGGACCCUCCGCCCGGCACCCGCCUGCUCUCCGGCCGCUCCCGCGCGCUCAUGCGACUGGCGAGGCCAGGCGCCCCGGUGCCGGCGCUGCUCCUGCUGGCGCUCGUCCUGGCCCCGCGAGGGACGCAGGGGAGGCCCGGGGGCAGCAGGGGCGCGCACGUCGCGGGCGAGGAGCCGAAGCCGUCCCUCCCCGCGGCCUCUCGAAGCUCAGAAAUAUUCCCAAGAGAUUUGAACUUAAAAGAUAAAUUCAUCAAGCAUUUCACAGGGCCAGUCACGUUUUCAGCUGAGUGCAGCAAACAUUUCCACAGGCUGUAUCACAACACCAGGGACUGCUCGACGCCAGCUUAUUACAAAAGAUGUGCUAGAUUGUUAAAAAGACUAGCAGUGAGUCCUCUGUGCUCGCAAACGGAGAAGACCUACGUGUGAGCAUUUCUUAAGAAUGUAAAUCUAAUUUGAAAGAAAAAAAGUAUCUGGGAUCAUACUAAACAUAAAAAGAGAUGAAACUUCUAAUUUUAUGGUGUAUUAAGAUGAGUGAAAUAAGAAACUUCUCAGAAAUAGCUGGUGAUCUGUGUCCAAGCAUAAGACAAGAUCUUCCCUGGUUUAUCUUCGUGUAUACAGAAAUUUGAAAAUGUUGAAUGCAAAGUUCAAUUCAUAUAUUGCAAAUAGAAUAUUAAAACUUAGCUAUUAUACUUUAUUUUUGCUAUAUAUAUGUUAUUUUAUUAUAUGGCUAACAUUCUAUAUAUGUAUGAAUUAUAUAUUUAAUUAUGUAAAUUAUGUCUGAUCAUGCCAAAGAAAAAUGAUAUUUUGGGUAUGAGUUUUCAUAACAUGCUUGUUGAAUAAUCAUGUAUGAAGUCCCCUUUUAUAAUUAUAAUUUAAUAAUAUUUAAUACAUCUAUUCAGAAUUUGUUUUUAUUUGCAUUAAUUUGAGCUGUAAAUUUUAUUAAAACUGAAAUAU